ACUCUUUGGACAAAAGCUUUACCACAAGUCUCGUUAUUUGCUUUAAUACCGGUGCAUCAAAAAUAAUAAAAACAUAGUUUUUACUAAAAUGAAUCUCCAGGACCAAACCAAUAAUUGAUCAAUUAAUUUGAUUGAGUGAGUAAUUACUGGUUAACUGUUGAGUUACCACCUCCAUGUUUUUUUAUUUGUGCUGUUUAUCCAAUUUCAACUUCCAACUUAUCUAAUUUCAAUCUGGCUAGCUUCAGACUUUCCAAGUUGUAAGCCAAUCGAAGCAACAAUUUGCCAGUUAUUUUACACAGUUUUAAUCCAGGGACAUUGUUGAUAAAGAGUUGAAUAUGAAUAAGAGUGUAGUUGUGACCAACGUGUUUUAACCAGUACAUUAACUCUUUCAAUUAGAUAUGUUGGAUCAACUGUAGUCAAACAGAAGGGGGAUAAUUAGUGUUUACACCUCUUCGAGAUCAUCUGGUUUAAUCUUUGCCCCAAACAGCAAAACACAGACAGAUUUUGUGAGUUUCAUCAGGACAAGGCGGAAGUGAAUAAAUUACGAUGACUCUUAUUGGCGCUCGUUUAGCCUCGCUUUUUGCACUCUUUGGAGUUACCAUGUUGGCUGGUCUUGGACCAGUUCUAGUGUUCAGAUUAUGGCAACGGAAAAGGGAGCGGUUCUUAUCUUUUGACAGUGAACCUUUUGGAAAUGAAACCAACUAUAGAGUGAGUCAUCAAUCAAAUAGAAGUGCCAAAAUCCUUCAGUUGUUAUUAGUAUUUGGUGGAGGUGUACUUCUGUCCACUUGCUUUGUUCACAUGAUUCCUGAAAUACAGGAGAACUAUGAAAGUUACAUGAAAAAUAAAGAUUCCUCUGGAUCACGAUCUGCAACUUUGAUGUCCAUUGAAAAUGACUUUAGCGAUAACAAUCUCUCUCAAUUUAUUGAAGACUCCUAUGAGGAUGAAAAACUCAAUGACCAGAAAAGCGGAGAGUCUCACAAAAUUCCUUGGGUUGAGAUUUGCAUUUGUGCUGGCCUUUUUUUAACUUAUUUCAUCGAGGAAUUCAUCUUAUUUCUGAUUGGAAAUUCAUCUAACCAUAACCAUCACCACCAUCAUCAUCACCAUGAAAAUCAAAGAUAUCCCAACUCGAAGGAAAUAGGCGAUUGUUUACCAAAAAGGGAAGAUUUAGACUAUGGAACCAUGAUACGUCCCAUUUUAUCACGAAACAGCAAUUAUUCCAGUGAAUCAAGACGAUCUUCAAUAAAGAGUGGAUAUGAUAAUGUUGCUGUGGAUGCGAGAGACGACGAGCUAAGUUCAAUUCGGAAAAACAGCGACUAUCAAGGAGCAUCAACUAACGGUCUUUGGGUGCGUUUCCUUCGAGGCUUAAUUAUUGUGGCUGCCUUUCUUGCUCAUUCAAUUUUUGAUGGUAUAGCUAUCGGCUUACAGACAACAGCUCAUUCAAUCUGGACUUUGUUCUUUGCCAUUUGUUUACACAAGCUUGUGGUAGUAUUUGCCAUUGGAUUUGAGUUAUUUGAAAAAACUGGUAGCCUUUUUUUGACCACAAUUCAUAUAACCAUCUUUUCCUCCAUGUCACCUCUUGGUAUUGCACUGACAAUCUUUACGGAGCAGAGUCUUGCAGAAGAUGGUAGUUUAACCCUUAUCCUGUUGAACGCAGUUGCCACUGGAGCCAUUUUGUACAUUGUUUUCCUUGAGAUAUUACAAUCUGAUAGAUGUCCUGAGCUCAAUGGCUUCACACAACUGGCAGCUUUAGUUAGCGGAUUCGUUUUAAUGACCUUUAUGACCAUCGUAUUCGAUGACGGCGAUUAAUUGAACGCUACAAAUUAAAGUUAAAGUAAAAAAGCAAAAAUUCAGAAGAGUGAACCUCCAUUUUCAAUACAUAUUUUUUCAAGCCUCCAUUCUUGUACAUAAAGGGAGAGGUCAAUCAACAAUUAAAAUAUUUUGUCUACUUGUUUAAUUUUGAUAAAUCUUACCUUAA